AAUUCCUGUUGAGCUAGUAUUCAGCCAUGUAGAAACACUACCAUUGUGUCCACAACAAGCUUCACAAGAAGACGGUGUGCCAGGAUUCCAAGGCUACCGACAUGUCUAGUACCACCACCAGCACCGACGGGACCUCUGCUACGUCUGUCGGUGACCCACCUCCGUACUACAAGCAUCUCGCAACAAUCAAAGAUGGCAUCACCAGAAAUCCGGGUAUCAGGCCUGCCCGAGAUCUCGCAGUCCUCUACGAGUACAAUGAUGGCAGGAAUGACAACGCACUCAUCCGAAAUUUGGCCGGUAAGGUGCAGCCGGCCGUUCCAUGCAGUCUGUUGCUGGAGGACGGCAGGCGGUUUCCACUUACGAUAGGCUCUCGGGACAGUUUCUAUGAGUUGCGGCUCACUCACAACACCCUUCUUCUCGCGCCAACGGUACGUUUAGAAUGCACAUUUCAGUCAAGAGACCCGCCCCAUGCGAGCUACCUUACUCUGGCCCUCGAGUGGCAUUGGCAUGACUACAACGGGCAAUCAUGCAGCAUCAAAAAUUACGGCCAGCAUGCGGAGGACGAAUCAGUGGUCGAGUUCUACGCUGGCCCGCCCACACCAUCCGAGGGGUUUGGGUGGGUUGGACACACAAUGCCAAGAUUAAGUCCAGCAGAAGCCGACCUCGUAGAAACUUUGAGGACUAUUUGUACCACAGACGUAAGGCGGCUCUAUGGUUUUGAGCUGAGGCUAAAACGAAUGUCUAUCACCGACAUAACAAAGCUUCGCAAGGUCUGGUCUCUGCUGCCUGGUGGCAGUGGGCCGCCCCUGCCUUCGUUCGGAGCCAAGCUGGCAUUUGCACCCUUCCUCCCACGCGGUCUGGUGUACGCUUCUACCAAAGAGGACAUGCAGAAGCCCUAUGCUCUGACUACUGGCUCUGUCAAGCACCCCUGGGUCACCCUUGAAUGCGCCGACAGCUUUCGCACAAUUUCCGAAGCUGUGCUGCAACUCAGCUACUCGGUCCAUAUAGCUGAAGCUGAAGCAAAAGUGGCGCUUCAAUUGUGGGCUAAACCUGUUCAACCACACAGGUAUCGAUUGUUUGCGAAGGGCGACUUCCAAGUGCUGGGAGUGAAAUUCUCCAGAUUUAGGCGAUUGGGAUCCGACCAAGACGCACGCUACCGCUUGCCGAAUCAACUACACUCAAAGAUGACGUUGAUUGUACGCGGCGCCCGCGAGCUCGAAGUGAGCGGCUUCCUUACGGAGAACACUACGGGUAUCCUAGCCCAUGAUGCCUACUUCAUUAUCACCUCCGAGAGCUUGGUAUGGCUCGCGUUGGACGCAAAAGCGGCUGAGCUCACCUUCAGCGAGGCUUACUACAAUGUCACGUUCGAACCCCAUUACAACUCUUUCACACACACCUCCCAACUCGCAACCGGGUAUCAGCUCAGUCGGUCGAAGAACAAGCGAUGGCAUCCGGUUCUGCUCAACCAAGGGCACGACCUCAUCGAUUGCAUCAACCUCGUUGACAUGCCAUGGGUUCGGCCCAAUGUCAAAGCGACAGCUGAACGUCGACUGAAGCUUCGAGUGGAAUGCAAUGCGGAGCAACUGAGAGUCAUUAAUGGGCUGGAACGAGCCAGAGGCGACCUAGUGCUGAUAACGGGUCCUGCCGGCACCGGAAAGACCUUGUUACAUGAAGCCCUUGCGGACUACCCUACGAAAACGGCCUUCACAUCCUUGUACUAACGCCGGCCAAUAGCAACGCAGAUCACUUAGCGAAGAGGAAGCGUGCAAGGUUUGCUACGGGAAACGACGCCGGCUUAUGCGAGGUUGAUUACGUACGCCUGUAUCCAGGUUCGCGGGACGUGGAUAUUGAGCAGGCUGGAUUUCGUCAAGCCGCAUUUCGGAACUACGAGCACGAAGACGGUGGCGUACUCGCGUACUCCGAGCUCAUUGUUGCACUUGAGGAGCU